CGCGGUUAUUGUCGCAACUCGUGUAUGUGUUACCUCGCGUAAGUGUAUGAAUAUACAAAAUUGAAAGUUGUUUUUAUUGUGUUAAGUUUUACAUGCUUACGGAUUGUACUUUAAAAUAAGUAGUUCACGUGAAGGCCAGUUAGGUGAGAUAGUGAAAAUGUGACAAGAACCAUCAACUGCUUCUGUCCACAGCAUGUGUACAGUGGAUUCAACGAGAAAUUUAAAACCCAAGUGUUAGUCAAUAAAACAGUCGUGACAAAUGAAUUUUAUAUUAAUGCAUUAUAUACAUUAAUCAUUAACAAUGAUAACGUGAUAUAUAAAAAUCAUUACAAUUAAAUCGAAGUGUUCAUUAGAGUGCAGAAAAAUGACGAUGCGGUGUUAAUCGUUCAAAUCAUGUGUAUGGAACUGAAGUGACGUAAUAAAGGAAAUAAUGAAAGUAUAGUGGGAAAAAUGGGUUGCAAAUUAGGAAAGCUCGCGGCCUCUGAGCGCCAGAGAUGUGGCAACGCUGGUCCGAGCCUGGCGGAUGGACCGCCUCCGGCCACCGACCCACGACUCCCGUUGACUGCCAAGCAGAAAUACUCCAUGUUGGCCUCGUGGAAAGGAAUCUCAAGGGCGAUGGAGAAGACUGGCAUUUGUAUGUUUAUAAAGUUAUUUGAAGAGAACGAGGACCUACUAAAUAUGUUCGAGAAGUUUCGCCAAUACCGAACGAAGGAGGAACAGAUCAACUCGAUGGAGUUGGCGGAGCACGCGAACAACGUGAUGAACACGCUCGACGAGGGCAUCAAGGGUCUCGACGAUUUAGACAACUUCUUCGAGUACAUACACCAAGUUGGGGCCAGUCAUAGAAAAAUACCGGGGUUCAAAGUGGAAUAUUUUUGGAAAAUCGAGAGGCCGUUCCUUGCUGCCGUGGAGUCCACACUGGGCGACCGGUAUACGCCGAACGUGGAAAAUAUAUACAAAAUAACAAUAAAGUUUAUAUUAGAGACUCUCAUAGAGGGCUAUGAGAAGGCUGGCAACUCGAACGCGACGUGAGCUAAGUAGAAUGUAUAGUUCGAGGCAAAUUAUACAACUGGUAAACUGUUCAAGACUUUGUUAUAAGAGAAAUAGUAUCCUUAGAAACGGGUACGGCGUUACCAUUUCUUACCGGAUGAUCCGACAACGCUGGCUCGAUGUGAAAGUGGUAAUGUGGAAUUUAAUACGGUCAAUUUGAUAUAAAAACUAUAUGUAAGCAUCUAUUAAGAGUUAUAAACUUUAUAAAUGUGUAUAAAGUGAAUAUUAACGUUAUGUAUAGAACAUUUUAUUUUAUGCGCAGUAGUUCAUAGUGGUUGAACCUGAUUAUGUUCAGAAAUAAUAAUAUUAAUAAAUAUGUACCAUUAAUUAUCCGUCGAGAUAAAAUUUAUCCCGAUGGUGUUACUAUUGCUUAUUAUUAAAAAAAAAAAAAAUAAUUCAGUAAAAAUAAAAAAUAAUAGAAUGACGUCGUUAAACUAGUUUAAAAUUGUAAGUCUGUGUCUUAAUUGUGGAAUUAAAAUAUGUAUAAUUUUUAAAUAUAACACGAAUGCUUAUUAUGACGCCAACUACAUUAUUUUAUCUAUUAUUAUAAAGUUGCACUAAAUCUGUUUAUUGAAUGUUUAUAUUAAUUGUAAAUUAUAUAAUUGGGCAUUAUAUUUUAAAUUGCGUCUUCCGUGUAUAAAUGGAUAAUUUUAUCUUAUAUAUUAUAUUUGUUGAUUUAUUCAAACUUAUUGUAAUACAUUUAUAAUUUAUAGUUUAAUUUGCACAAAAUUUUGGUCACACAAAUACUUGAAGCAUAGAAAAUAUGAGGAACAUUUAGAUUUAGAUUAACAAAAAACAAAAAACUCUCACAGUAACUAUAUAUUUUUGAAAAGUUUAGGACAUUUUAUAAAUCCACUUUUUUAUAUAAGUACACUAUUUUUUUACUGUUUCUUCGUUUAUUUUAUGCAUAACUUAUACGCACAAAUAUUUUUAACAUUAACUUCUGACGUGAAUCCUGUCAAAAAGGGGGCAUUAAAUUAUAUUAAACAGUCCAAAAAAAAAUAAUAAUACAAGUAUUAUUUUUUAGACUGCUGUACUUGUAUUCAUUUUAAAACAAUAUAUUAUGUCAAAUAAUAAAUAACAAGUUGCAACACAACUAUGAACUGUAUUCCAACAUUGACAAACAUUUUAAAAAAUCAGUCCUAAAAUGUAUUUAUAAUACCUAUAUAAAUGUAAUAUUUUUAUAAUAUUUCAAAAAUUUAUAUAUAUAUAUAUUACUCUUUAAAAAUUAGCAGCAGUAUUUCCGAACCGAUACGACAUCGUAACCUUCAUAUUCCUUUUUAAGAGGCCGCCAGUGCACCUGCAAUGCUUCUGGUGUUGCGGGUGAUCAUGGGCGGCGGUAGUCACUUACCAUCAGGUGAGCCGCAUGCCCGUUUGUACCUUAUGUUAUAAAAAAAAUAGGGAUUAGAUGAAUGAUACUUAUAUAAUAUAUUAAUUAAUUCGAUUCUAUUACUGAUAAUUCUAAUAAAAAAUAUUUAUUAUUAUUUAUUAUUUAUUUUACGCUAUACAAAAUGCUUUAAUUGCAAAAUGUCCAGAUACCCAAAUUUUUUUUUAUAAUAAGAUUAUCUUUCGAAAUUGGUACUAUAAAAUGAAAUAAAAAAAGGUUCAGUUAUUAUUCAAUUAACCUUUCGUUCGGGUAAUUUUAGUUACUGUUAUUUCAAAAGUCGAGAAAGAUAAGCUUUUAUGUCUUGCCCCUGAGAAGGAAGGUUUGCUUUAAACAUUACGGAGCCUUCUGAAUCUUGGACGAUUAAGUAACGGUUUUGUUCUGUUAUUGUAACUCUGGUUCUAUUUACUGUAUGUUAAUUUAAUUGAUUGAUAAAUUUAAUUAUUCUAUAAUCUAUCAAUAUUAACCGCUCUUUGCAUAAUGGUCGAAAUUUCCAAAAAUUGAAUGCCCAAAAAUUAUAUAAAAGACCAAGUUCACUUUAAGUUGAUCGUGUCUGGAUACCUUUUUAAUGUCCAUUGCAGAAAAAAAAACAAAGCUGUGAAAUUUAUUUUUUUAAAUUAUUUUUAUUAUAUUAUUAUUUCACCAAUAAAAAAAAAACAUGUAAAGAAGGGUUAAGAACUUUUGUUAAAAAGAUUGGCUAUGUAAGCCACGUCCGAGCUCACCAACGCCAACCACAGCCUCCUGUGCAGACAAUUAAUUAUUAAAAGCGAUUGUCGUGGCUAAAAACAGUCAGGAUUCGUCAUCAUCUUCAAUAUUACAUAAUUUAUUUAAGUAAAUAUAUUAACAUACUAUUUAAAUUAAAUAGAAAUGUUGCCAUUUCUUAAAACACUAUUUUUUCUAGUAUAUCACUGGACAUCCUACAAAGUGUCCUCUAGUAUGAAAGCAAAGCUUGUGCUAUGGGCACUAAACAACUGCACUGUACUGCAGACAUAAACGCAUCCAGACCAAAAAAAAAACAGCUAUAUUUUUUUUAAUACAUUUCAUACUUUUACAAAAAAAAAAUGUACGAUAAAUUUAUAUAUGUUUAACAUAGUAUUUACCUAACAAGGACUGUGUUUAAUGUAUUAUUUUUGUCUCAAAUAGAAGGUUAAUUCAGCAUUUAUAAAUCGUCCUUUAAUGACAUAAUUGACUUUGUUAUCAAUUUUAGUAUGUUUGCAUAAAGAGUGUAGGUACAUUAACACGAAUAUAUUUCGAAUUCUGUAACAGACAUCAACAAUCUCUCGAAAUGUAAUUUGGAAAACGAUUAUUACUCGUAUUUUAUCUCUUUUUUAUAAGAAAUUCACAUCUCUCCUCUUUAAAGAGGGAAAAUGGUAAACUAACCCUCGACAGAAGCACAGUUGGGUCCAGGGCCCAGUCUAUAUGUAUACUAUAUAUAAUUUUAAAGUAUAAUUUAUAAAAAAAAAAACUUAUUGAACUCCAGUUUCUUUAACUAAUCAAAUACAGAUCUUGUGGUCAUGCUACAAGUUGAGUUAUUUUUUAUUCAUAGAAUCAAUUAGUUGGUAUUUAUUAUUGAGGAUCUAUUAAAAUAAAAAAAAAAGUGUAUAAAAAACACAGAUAUGAAUGAAGCUUUAAGUUUACUGAUCCUACAUUACAUGUUCAUUACAAUAUAAUAUAUUAAAAAGUAUUUAAAACGGCUGAUUUGGUGAUUCGUAAUACAAUUCUAAAACUGAGGGCCUACCAUGAAAUGUUUUCCGAAAUUUCGGGGACGAACGAAACAAAAAUUUGAUGUUAAAAUAACAGAAUACAUGCCGUUUAAAAUUAUUAAAAAUGUUAAUAUAUCGUCCCCCUGAACUAUUAGGAUAGGAUAUAUGGUGAACGAAAUGUUAAGCUCCAUUUACUGGGUCGAUAUCGGUACGAACAAAAACACGAACUUGAGCCCGAAACUUCGGAAUUUCAUUUCAUGGUAGACCACCUGUUUACAUAUAUUUCUAACUCAAAUUCAUAUUAAAUGACAGUUUUCUAGGCAAAUAUGUGAACCCUAAUAGCUUAGUAAAUAUUUCAAAAUGUUUACUGUAAGUAUUUAUCUAUGUAACAAAACAAUUAUUAUUAAAUUUAAUUCAUUUUAAUAGAAAUUUGUUUCAAAAACAAUCUAAUUAAACCCAUUUAAAGCCGGCAACCCUGUUAAAUAAGAAUGUUACGAUAAUUAAGUAAGAGGGCGUCCUUAUUGUUAUUCUGUUGUUACCUUGACAUUAUUUCGAAAUCAAUUCAAAUUUAUGUCAACGACAAUUACAUCGUUGUAUUUUUUAUUGGAAAUUUUACAAUAAUUUCCAAACAAUACAUAAUAUAAAGCAAGUCUUUCAACUUCCAAGACCUUUAUUUGUUAUUUGCUCCUUUCACACAAAUAAAUAUUUUAUUGAUUGUUUGGUUAAUUGAACCUUUGGCGAGUACCACGAAGAGUGGAAGUAAUAAAUUUAAUAUUUGAAUUAUUUUUAUUUCAUUAAUUUUCAUUAAUAUCACGUAUUUAAUAUAAUUUCCCCAUAUCAUAGAAAUUGAAGGGUACACAAACGUUGGAGUUAUUCUAUUUCUUAUCAAGGCCUCUUAAAUGGUAAUAUUACAUUAGUUUAUGUUGUGCUAUAUAUAAUAUAAACUGAUAAUAUACUGAAUAAAUUACUCGUUUAUUAUUAUUGUAUUAUUAUUAUAAAAUUAAUUUCUAUUACUAUAAUUAUAUAUAAUAAUAAUAAAAUAUAAUUAUGCAUAAUAUAUGCGUGAACAAAUUAUAAUUUCUUUAAUGUCUCGAAUAACCGAUUAGUUCAUUAAUUUAUGAAAUCACUAAAUUACAACAAUUAUAUUGUUAUAAUGUGAAAUUAUUUUCAUUAAUAUCUCGAAUAACACGGAUUCGUUUAUUAUAUAAUAAAAAUUAAUUUUCAUUAUCAUCGUGUAUAACGGACUUGUUCAUUAAUGUUAUUACCAAAUUACAAACAUUUUAAAUUAAUAAGUACAUAUUAUAUAUGAAAUGAAAUGAGUUUUCAUUAAUGUUCGGAACAACAGAUUCGUUCAUUAAUUUAUAUAAUUAUCAAAUUGCAAAAUUUAAAUUAUUAUAUAUUAUAUAUAUAAGUUUUUCGAGAGUGUAUAGGCGUGAGUUAAUUAUAUUCACUGUAUUUAUGAAUACGAUUUAAGAGAUGAAUGUGUUGUAAAAUGUCGUUAAGAUCUGUGUAAUAAAGUGUUACGAUGGUUUCAAAAAUAAAUAUUAUUU